CUACGUGGCUCGCUGACGUGGCUUAUUUACUGAAAUGAAAAAAAAAACAAGUAAAAAUAAAAACAAUUCUCACCUCCGAGUCCUUCCCCUCCACUAAUCUCAUCUUCUUCUCCAAAUUUCCCCAACCCCCUCAAAAAGCCAGCAUAGCUCCGCCUCUGCAACCAGCAGAUCCACCAUGCCCACCACCACCGCUGCUCCGGCUGUCACCCCAACCUCUUCCCCGGUCACCGUCCCUCCUCCCAAGACCAUCCCAUCUCCUUCCACUUCAACCCACUCCACACUACACCCAAAGCAGCUUCGAGCCCUCCAGCCCCUCAGAAUUCCAACGGCCAAAGACCCCUGCGUCCAGCCUUCCCCAUUCCGCCACGUAGUCUCCCUCCACCUCUCCAAUUGCUCCAACGACGUUUCCCUCUCCUUCACCGCCCUCAAGUCCCUCUCCACCCUCCAGUCUCUCUCCUUCACCAACUGCCCCAUUAUCCCUAUCCGUUUCCCUUCAGAUCUCGCCCUCGCCCUCCGCUUUUUCACUUGUGCGCAUUCUCUCAAACACCUCACGGGCGUCUGGCUCUCCCACUUCGUCAACCUCACCGUAACCGAUGUCCCUGUCAGUACCAGCGGGCUCUACGUCGUCAUCGGGAAUAUGCACAAGCUUCGGUCGCUCACCAUCACGAAUGCGAAUCUCACGGGCUCGAUUCUGAAGCAAUUGGUCGAGAAUCUCGCCCUUGUGGAUCUUUCGGGCAAUAGGCUUAAAGGAAGGAUACCCAGUUCAAUUGCAAUCCUCGAGAAUCUAGAAACCCUCAAUCAAGUAGAAAGAUCUCCUUUCGGCCCAGGUGAUCCAUUGUUUCCCAAACCAACUGUUACGCCUCCUUCUCCUGGACAACAAUCGGCUCCUCCGGCUGCUUAUUCACCAGAUUCGGUGGCGAUUGGGUAGGAGGAAUGGCAGAGUAAUGCUGCUGCUGCGCGGCGGCCUGUGUGGAUGUUUGGGAUUGGGGGUUUCGGAGGAGAGGCCCAAUGCUGUAAAAAAGAUAGGGGUGGGUGGGGUUAAAAGAAUUUUUAUUUUGUAAUAAAAUAAUAAAUAAUUAAUAAAUAAUAUAUUUAAAAAUUUUAAUCAUUUUUUUCAAACGUGGCAUCCAUGUGUCGCCUACGUGGACACAAAGUGGAGCACCGUCAGGUCAACCGUCAUUUUUAACAGUCAACAUAAAUUCGCGUAACACAAAUGACACAAACCUCUAAUAGAUUGGAAUAUUUUUG